UGUGCUUCAUUCCAGCGCACAAGCCGAGCGAAGCAGACGGUUUACGCAGCAGCCAAAGCCGAUAAAUUCGCUCAGGGAAUAAAUAUCUAUAAACCGCGGCUGUUUCUUUAUAGGAAUACCACUUGAGUCGUGGACGCACACGAGCGCGCACAUGUCUGCAUGGGACUGUACGGCAGGAUUGUGACACCAGUGCGGCUGCCUCUGCUCUGAUCACACAGAAACUCUUUGGAAGGCUGCUAUUUCCUUUUUUAUUAUCAUUACUGAGCAUCAACUGAAUCCUGAUGGAAAUACCCUCCGGAUGGUGACCACUACGGACUGGACUACCUGCGUACAGUUUAUUCGCUCCAUGCGAAUGGAAGGGACUGGGAGACUUGCGCCCGUUGCCUUGGCUCUGGUUUAAUAAGGCACUCUGGAGAUCACUGAGAAGGGAGAAGGGCUGCUGUGUUCACAUACUUUCUACUGAGGGUGUUUUUUUUUUAUAUUCCCCUCCGAACUCUCACCUUUCUGCGUGCUGUCGGUGAAUGGGGGGAACUCUGGUCCUGGAGGCUUGACACAGCUGGGACUGGGACUGGGACGGGACGGGGUCCGUGGAUCGCCCAGGAUUCUAUUCACUCCUCUCUCUCACUCUCUCUCUCUCUCUCCCGUGGGUCUAUUUACAUGUCCGACCUGACCACUUUAUGACAAUGGAUUACUUUCUGCUUUUAUGCAGCCUCUUGCUGCCUGUGGUGUCCGCCGUUGAAGAGACGUUGAUGGACACUAAGUGGGCCACGACAGAAUUAGCUUGGACUGCACACCCUGAGACCGGGUGGGAAGAGGUGAGCGGCUAUGAUGACGCCAUGAACCCCAUCCGGACAUACCAAGUCUGCAACGUACGAGAACUUAACCAGAAUAACUGGCUACGCAGUGACUUCAUCCCAAGAAAAGAUGUACUGCGUGUAUAUGUGGAGAUGAAAUUCACAGUGCGUGACUGCAACAGCAUUCCCAACAUACCAGGUUCCUGCAAAGAGACCUUCAACCUCUUCUACUAUGAGUCGGACUCAGACUCGGCCACAGCCACCAGUCCUUUCUGGAUGGAGAACCCUUACGUGAAGGUGGACACCAUUGCCCCAGACGAGAGCUUCUCCAUGCUUGAAUCUGGACGGGUGAACACAAAAGUCCGAAGUUUUGGGCCGCUGUCGAAAGCUGGGUUCUACUUGGCCUUCCAGGACCUUGGUGCUUGCAUGUCACUCAUCUCAGUGAGAGUGUUUUACAAGAAGUGCUCCACCACAAUCGCCAAUUUUGCCGUUUUCCCAGAAACAGCAACUGGAGCCGAGGCAACAUCCUUGGUCAUUGCACCGGGAACUUGUGUCCCCAACGCUGUGGAGGUGUCUGUACCACUGAAGCUUUAUUGCAAUGGAGAUGGGGAAUGGAUGGUUCCUGUGGGAGCCUGUACCUGCUCGGCUGGUUUUGAACCGGCCAUGAAGGAAACACAAUGUCAAGCUUGCAGCCCUGGCACCUUCAAGUCCAAACAAGGGGACGGCUUCUGCCUGCCGUGCCCAGCCAACAGCCGUGCCAGCUCUGGAGCAGCCAGUGUUUGUUCCUGUCGAAACGGCUAUUACCGCUCAGACACAGACAUACCUGACUCCCCCUGCACAACUGUUCCGUCUGCCCCACGCAGUGUCAUCUCCAGUGUGAACGAAACCUCACUCGUGCUGGAGUGGAGCGAACCACGUGACCUGGGCGGCCGAGAUGACGUCUUCUACAACGUUAUCUGUAAGAAGUGUCUUCCAGAACGGGGAAUGUGCUCGCGGUGUGAUGACAACGUAGAUAUCUCACCACGCCACCUGGGCUUGACCCAGCGCCGCGUGGCAGUCCGUAACCUCCAAGCCCACACGCAGUACAGCUUCGAGAUCCAGGCUGUCAAUGGUGUCUCCAACAAGAGCCCCUAUACACCUCAGUUUUCAGCAGUGAACAUCACCACAAAUCAGGCUGCUCCAUCUGCAGUGCCCACAGUUCACCUGAUGGCGGCCACAGCGAGCACCAUGAGCCUGUCCUGGCUGCCUCCAGAGAAACCCAACGGCAUCAUUCUGGAUUAUGAGAUUAAGUACCAUGAGAAGGUAAGCGGCAAUGAUCAGGGUGAGGCCAUUGCCCAUACCAUGACUGCCCAACGGAGCAACGCCCGCAUCGAAGGUCUCAAGGCUGGUACUCCUUAUGUGGUCCAGGUCCGAGCCAGAACGGUGGCUGGUUACGGCCGAUACAGCAGCCCGGCCGACUUUAGCACCAACCUGCAAACUGACCCUCCGAAGUCAUUGCAGGAGCAGCUGCCCCUCAUUGUUGGAUCAGCCACCGCCACACUGGUCUUCAUCAUUGCUGUUGUGGUCAUUGCAAUCGUCUGCCUCAGAAAGCAGAGAAAUGGUUCAGAGUCAGAGUACACAGAGAAACUGCAGCAGUACAAAUCCCCAAUAGUAACGCCGGGAAUGAAGGUCUACAUUGACCCCUUCACCUAUGAGGAUCCCAACGAGGCAGUGCGCGAGUUUGCCAAGGAGAUUGACGUGUCCUGCGUGAAGAUCGAGGAGGUCAUUGGCGCAGGUAACCCACCAAAGCUCCUGAGCUACAGGGGGAAGACUGCUAGUCACCUCCAGGCCAUUCCGUUAGAGGACUUCACACCAAGCGGAGAGUUUGGGGAGGUGUGCCGUGGCCGCCUGAAGCUGCCUGGCCGUCGGGAGAUCAUUGUAGCCAUCAAGACUCUCAAGGUGGGCUACACUGACCGCCAGAGGCGAGACUUCUUGUCCGAAGCUUCCAUCAUGGGCCAGUUCGACCACCCCAACAUCAUCCGUCUGGAAGGUGUGGUCACCAAGAGUCGACCUGUGAUGAUUGUGACUGAGUUCAUGGAGAAUGGGGCAUUGGACUCCUUUCUAAGGCUCAAUGACGGGCAGUUCACGGUGAUCCAGCUGGUUGGCAUGCUGCGUGGUAUCGCAGCAGGCAUGAAGUACCUGUCAGACAUGAACUACGUGCACAGAGACCUGGCUGCCCGUAAUAUCUUGGUUAACAGUAAUCUGGUGUGUAAGGUGUCUGACUUUGGCCUGUCCCGUUUCCUGGAGGAUGACCCUACAGAUCCUACCUACACCAGCUCACUGUAUUUCAUGCUCACCUACUCAUUCCCAUAUCCACAGGGAGGAAAGAUCCCCAUUCGCUGGACGGCUCCUGAGGCCAUCGCCUAUAGGAAGUUCACCUCGGCCAGUGACGUGUGGAGCUAUGGCAUUGUCAUGUGGGAAGUAAUGUCAUAUGGCGAGCGACCGUACUGGGACAUGAGCAAUCAAGAUGUGAUAAACGCUGUGGAGCAGGACUAUCGACUGCCCCCACCCAUGGACUGCCCCACGGCCCUACACCAACUCAUGUUGGACUGCUGGGUGAAAGAGAGGAACCUGCGACCCAAAUUCACCCAGAUUGUGGCCACGCUGGAUAAGCUUAUUCGCAAUGCUGCCAGCCUCAAAGUGGUCACCAACAGCACACAGUCCACUGGGGUAUCCCAGCCCUUGCUUGACCGCUGUGUGCCAGACUAUACCACUUUCACCACUGUGGGGGACUGGCUGGAUGCCAUCAAGAUGAGCCGCUACCGUGACAACUUCGUCAACGCCGGAUUUGCUUCCUUUGACCUGGUGGCCCAGAUGACAGCAGAGGACUUGCUGCGAAUAGGGGUAACGUUGGCUGGCCAUCAGAAGAAGAUUCUUGGUAGCAUUCAGGACAUGAGACUACAGAUGAACCAAACGCUUCCUGUCCAGGUGUGAGCGGCAGGAGACACAGACCGAUGCAGUCAAAGGACAGCUAGACAGGAAAAGAGGGGGAGAAACUGUGCCAGAGAGGGCCACUGGAAAACCCUAGCUGCCUGAUCCAUCUCUGCCAAUUAGACACUACGAAACUGGCUUGCAGUGCCUCUGAAUAUAUUUUUUUUCUUUAUUUCAUUACCACUUACAUUUCCUGUUCCUGCUUUUUUUUUUUUUUUUGUUAUUCGUCAUUGUUUCUUUUUCCAUCCAAGCAGAAAUUGUGUGUUUUUGAAAGAGGAAAAACAGUUAACCCCCUUAUAUCCCAUGAGUGCCUCACCAGCUCUGGAGUGGGUUGAUGUUUGCAUGCAUGUGUGUUUUUAGCGAGGUUGGAGUUAGUCAUGUAACUGAAAAGUCGAGCUCUGAUUCUCACACAAGAGCCCCCUCCCCUUGACGCCUCGACCCAGCUCUGCUGGCUGUAAUACAUAGUGAAGUGAAUAAGUUUUCACAACACAAAGAAAAAAAAAACCAACAAAAAAAACGGUAAAAAACAGAUGUGUUUCAGACCACAGGAGAUAGAGGACAAUUCUUCCCCUGAUAGAAGUUGUUUUAUUGUGCACGUGUGUUGUUCUCCAUCUUCAUAUUGAAGGUGCGUUAUGUAAAAGGGCACUUGCUGGAGAAAGGGUGAGGUGGUGGAAGAGGAGAUAAGAUGGGCUGCGAUCAAAGGUCAAGAGGAUGAAAUAGUCAAGAAGGUCAAAGUCGGGCAGCCGCAUUUUUUGGACACUUGUGUUGUGGCUGCUGGAUCCUCACUAGGUCACCAGACGACCUCUUCGCUCCGACCUGCGGUGACUCAGGAUAGUUCCACAGUUCGGGAACACCUGCUCAUCAGCUGUGUUUUUACACAUAAAAAUGUUCUUAUUUUUGUUUGUCCACACUACAUUUUUUUUUGUUUUUGUUUUUUUUUGCUUUCUUACACACUUUUUGUGGGAGAUUUGUGGUUUCAAAAUGGCCGGUCAAACUGAAGUACCCCCCCCUCCUUCCCCUACUGGACACUUGACGUGAUUACGGGGGAGACAAGGACUGUGGCAACAACAUAGACAGACCCCUUGGCCUUUUGUGUGCAUUUUUUUGUAUGCGUGUAUGCGUGCGCGUAUGUGUGAUGAAGCGUGCCUGGAUGUGCGGGUGUGUCAAGUUGCACACAGGUAUACUGUACAAUACAGCUUCCGCUAUUUGCCACCAUGGAGAAUUAACGCAUGAACUGAACUGUGAUAAGGAGCAAAUAUAUCUGAAACAAUUAUUCUAUAUUCUGUGGACAACUGUUAAACAUUCUUUUUUAUUGAAUCCAAAAAAUGGACUUUGGACAUACACACACACUCACACACAUGCACACACACACAUACACAUAUAUAUAGAUAUACAUAUAUAUGUAUGCCUAUAUAUAUGUAUCAUGCAGAAACUGAGAGUAACCAUGAUGAACACUUUAAUUUCAACUUAAUAUUAUCUGGAUUUAGAAAUAAUCAAAAUCCUUGUUUUAAUUUUUUGACAUCCUGCCCUGUGUAUUUAUUUGUACCUCGCCCACCAACCCACACCCCCCACCACCACCGCCACCAACACCAACACAGAUGGACUUUAGGUUGUUUGGGACAGUGGACUUGGAACAAUCAGAAGGAAGAGAAACUCCAAGAGGAUUUCACCUAUUGAAUUGAUGAUUAUUAAACUAAAAGAAAUUGCAUAUAAAUUGGAUAUUGUAUUUUUGUUGUUGUUCUAAACAGCCUGUACAUGUUUUGUAACAAAAAAUAAGAUAAAUAACAAAACAAAAAAAAAAUGGUGUUUUGACAAAAUGGGAGUGUCGUUGUGAAAUGUUUGAUUCAGAGUGAAAUUAUCAGAGAAGGCCGAUGGGAGAGAAGAGGGAAAGUUGAAAGUAGAAUGGAAGAGAUGAACACCACCCAUGGUUAGAACGUCGGUAAUAACAUGCCACCCUUUUUUGCUUGCACGCAUUGUUGUCUGAGUUUGCAUAGGGGUGGUAAAAUUUGUGUGCGCCACCUGAGCUGCAACUUCCCCGAUCCAUUCUCAUUCCCAACAUAAAGAGCAUUUGUGAAGCAUUGAGCUGUUACUAAUCGUCUUCCAGGCACAUUAUUUCCAACUCCUGCAGACAACUCAAACGUAGUUCAACCCACAUUAUGUAGGACUGUGAAGAGGUUAUUAGGGAGACGGUUCAGAGAUAAUGUCGUGUCAAACUAGUCGGCCCACCUGCCAAGCAUUUCGGUUGUUCGGAGGUGGAGCUCCAUCACACAACCUGCAGUUUGCCAUCCCUGAAAAAGGAAUCCUUAUAUUAGUUUUGGAUGCCCGACGACAUCAGCCGAUGAAAAUGACCCAUUUUGGGUAAUUAGGGUACGUUUUUUUAAAGGUUGAUUAAUGUCCAUUUUCAAAUAAAUAAACUGAAAGAUUGAAAGCUGUCCGAGGAGAAGCCCACUGGUCUGCUAGGUCGAUUAAUACGAGCAUGCAGCAAGCGCAGACAUAAGGCAGGCUGACCUAUCAUUAUCUCUCUUCAUUUCCUGUCUGGCCUGCAAUCAUCCUGUCUCUGCUCGGGCUGCUGCAUGAUUAGUACAGUGCAGGAUCAACAGCCUUGGCAUGCAGACAGUCAAAAUCGGCAGCCAGCCCUCAUCUUAACCGAUCGCAGCUGCAUCACAGAGACCGUGCUAUUUGAGCACGUGUUUGAAGGUAGUAGGAUUAAGGAACUGCGGCUGCAUCUCUGGUGUGAUUUUCUUGACAGUCUCCAUAUUGUUUGGGUUGGAGCUUAUCAAUGCAAUAUGUGAAUAUUAUUUCAGUGCGCAAUGAAAACGUGAAGUUAGUGGCCAUGCAAUGCUUCUCGCUAGUUUGUCAGCCUCUCUUAAGUUCCUUCAAAAGAUGAGGAUAUUAUGCAAAACAACAGUGUGUUUCCUAUUUUACAUUGUUUCUUCUUAUUCCACAUACAGAUGUUUUCAUUACUGCUAGUACACUCUAUGAAGGGCUUACUAACCUCUAACAGUUGUAGUACACAACCAAGUCGUGGUUUAACAGUCGCGUACAAUACAUUAAAUGAGUCUCGAUUUCUUUUUUUCUGUCAUUUUCCUCAAAGUGAUCAGCUCAUAGCUAUUAUAUGACAGCUCCGAAUCAGAAGUAUUGGCAACAACAUUUCAGUCUGUGCAAAUAAUUUGAUUCCCUCCAAAGCAAAACUGCAUUUUGAUUGGAAAAAGUGUCCACAUUUGGAAAUGACAGAGGAGCAGAAUUAAUGCAAUCAGGAUCUCACUUUUGCCUAAAGUUUCUUGAGAAUACGCUACAUUACUGCCUCGUCCUCCUCUCGGCUCAAUCAUUCAAUCAGCUAAGCCCCUCUGUUGCAAACUUGCAUGUGGCACCAAACAAGACACAGUUGAUGAGCAUAAAAAUAGAGAAAAAAACAGAGGGGGAAGAAAGGGGCUAAACACAAUCAGAUGGCAGACAUGCCCACUCAUGAGAAAUGGCAGUUUGGAGCUUGCAUCAGCUACUGAUGAGGUGCACAUGGUGUUCUGGGGUCUGGAGUUGUGUUCACCAAAGUCAACUCGCCAUGAGUGAUGAGCUCAACUGGCAGCGUUGCACAUAUUUAAAAGAUUAAACCGCCACCACUUCAACUGCAAACAAUUAAUCUUUAAGUGGAUUUUUCACACAUUCAUGAGAGUGUUUCAUAUUUAACAUUCACAGAGGGGGAAAGGGACUUGCUCUCCUGUGGUUUUUGUUCAUCCAUCUGACUGCAUGUUGCUGAAAUUAAGAUGGAUUGCGUGUAUGUGAGCGUGUGUGUUUGUGUGGGAGCGUUUCAAAUACAAGGUUUGCCAUUAUAUACAGAAACAGUUUGAUCAGCAGUGUUUAGGCUUUGCCAGUUGUUGUUAUAUAUUUGUGUGCCAAUAGGAUUCAGGCUAUCCUAACAUUCCUUACACCUUUCUUUCCCCAUUUUACAUCCUCUGCUGAUCAUCACGGAUACAACCCAUCCUCUCCAAAAAGCACCCUCAGUUCCGACUCUCUAGCUUUUCUUUUACUUCUGUUUGUCUGUUUGAAUAAAUAUAUACAGUACUGUCUCUUCUUCUGUCUUCUAACAAGUUCAGCACACAUUUUUUUCGGUCACUGCAAAAACCCUCUUCAUUAAAUGUAAGUGACAUGUUUUCCUGAGAGUACUGUACAUGUUUAGUGAAAUUUGGGGGUGGGGUGGGGGGAUGAUAUGGGGAGAUUCUUUUUGAGUUUUUUUUUUGGGGGAAAAGCAUUGAGAUGUAUUUAAUGGUGCAGACAUACACAACAAAUUACUAAAAAAAAAUGAUGAUGCAUUCUUGUAGAAAUAUUUUUAAAAGACCCUUUUGCAAUUAAAUUAUUUAAGAAAUGUGA